UUCAAUAUCUACAAGAGGGCGUAAAAAUAUUAUUGAAAAAAGAAGGCAGGGUGUUUGGAAAACAGCUAGUUAAACUUAUCAUGCAUUUGCUAAUGCUAGCUCUGUUUCCACACAAAGUGUGGCUCAUAACUGAUCUCAGAGCAGAACUAGUGGCAGCUUGUCUUGGAUGCUAAUCACCCUUAAGUCCUGUCAAAGAUCUGAGAUUUAUCCCCAUUGCGCAUGUACAAACAACUAGAAAAAGCUGCUGGCCAAGGUCCAGCCAUUAGAGGACAUGGACAUGCCUGAGAAAUCGAGACAAACUCCAGUUCCCAAUGAGAUCCAAAGGAAGUGUUCUUCCAUUGACAAUCGCUGGCUGCAGCCACUGAUAUAAAGGAUGGAUGAAUAUAGGUGAAAUAUCCCAAUGGCAGAAGGCUUUGUGAGAUGAAAGGAGAUGGAAGGACAGAGAGAGACUUUGGUGUAUAUGAAGACAUGACAAGGCAAAUGUUGUUUGCCUUGCUUGACCUGACAGAGAGCCUGUAGGUAGGUCAAGCAAUGUCAACUGUGAUGAACCCAAAAAUCUCAAAACUGACCCUCAGCUUUUGUUUUGUUUUUUCUUCUCAGUACUUCGGUUCAAUUGUGUUUCGAUUGUGUUAAUUGGGCUGCUGAGGUCUUCAGCCCAUCAGUAGGUUAGUCAAUUCCAAGACUUCCAAUCCGUUUAAUCGACUCCUUUGUAUCCUCCCACACUUCCAGAAUCCAGCGCUGGGAUUGGAUGUUGGCUGCCUGUCAGGAAGAAAGAGCUGCUAUGUAUGUUGAGGCCGAAAACUCCGACAGAACCAGGACACGGACGAUGUUGGAAUAUCUUAACUGGAGGAUUUUAAAGUGUGUUGGGAACUCGGAGCGAUCUGAAAGUGGCCGAGCUUGAGCGGAGCAGCGACACCGGGUCUCCGUGUUCCCGCUGUGGACCGUCGCGGCUGUUCGUCUCUUGCCUGCUGCUCUCACAAACGCGAAGCCGGCGCUGUUUUAAUGAGACUGGAGCUGCCGUGUUUUCGACGCAGCACAGACCGGUGUGAGAUUAAGUCUUUAUUUAGCCCGAAGCAAAAGGAAAGGCUCAGAUGUCGCUGCUGGUAGCCGGGGCUAACAGCCAAGGCUGCUGGGCCACAUAAAUAUCCCGAGAAAAUCCCAACCUGAUGGAGCGAGUGAGCGACGGAGCACGGGCUUAUUUUGCGCCAGAAGGACCGUUAUGACUGAGCUGCAGGCUCAGCUCUCUUUUUAAAAAGCGCCACGGGGUUCAGUGCUGGGUAUUGAUUUGAUCGAGGGCUCAUAAAAGCAGCAUUUGGAGGUUAUCUGCAUCAGUGCUAUGACUCAGCCUGGACAGCAGCUCCUACCCACAUAGAGGUCACUUUACCUCUCUUUCUAUCUGCUUUGGUCCCGAGGAUGCUGGGAAUGUGUCGCGGGCGCCGGAAGUUCCUGGUGGCCUCCCUCGCCCUGCUCUUCAUCCCAGCACUUACGUGGCUUUACCUGUCAGUCGGGAGCUUUCAAGUGAAGCCCCUCCCUCUUUCUCCAUUGGAAGCCCUCUCAUCCACCCCAGUGGGCGGAGCUGGUGAACGGCAGGCGUUAGAGUUGCGGGUUCGGGUGGUGGAGGAAGAGAACCGGGCGCUGCGCCGAGAACUUAGCCGUCCACCUAGGAGCCCAUCUGCACAGCUUCCGAGCAAUAAUCAUCGUGGCAACCAAAGCCGAACACAUUCAGAGGAAGGCACAGGUGACAAUGAGAGCCAGAAAGCUGUUACAGUGGGUAAUAGCUCAGACUGUGUCCGGCACCCAGUGGUGGAUAAGUGUGAGACCAUCCAUGUGGCCAUUGUAUGUGCAGGUUACAACGCAAGUCGAGAUGUGGUGACACUGGUUAAAUCUGUCCUCUUCCACAGGUACAGCGGAAUCCCCCUUCAUUUCCAUUUCAUCACAGACUCCAUUGCUCAGCAGAUCCUGUCCUCCUUGUUUCAUACAUGGAUGGUUCCUGCUGUCAGGGUGGACUUCUAUGACGCAGAUGAGCUGAAGUCCGAAGUCUCAUGGAUUCCUAACAAACAUUACUCUGGGAUUUAUGGGCUAAUGAAACUGGUACUGACAAAGACCCUGCCAUCAGAUCUACAGAGAGUCAUCGUUCUGGACACAGACAUCACCUUUGCCACUGACAUUGCUGAACUCUGGGCCGUCUUCCACAAGUUCAAAGGUCAGCAAGUUCUAGGUCUGGUAGAGAACCAGAGUGACUGGUAUCUGGGGAACCUGUGGAAGAACCAUCGACCCUGGCCAGCACUGGGCAGAGGCUUUAACACUGGGGUUAUUUUGCUCCUCCUGGAUCGUCUGCGAAAGCUCAGAUGGGAGCAGAUGUGGAGACUGACUGCAGAAAGGGAACUAAUGAGCAUGCUGUCCACUUCCUUGGCAGACCAGGAUAUCUUUAACGCAGUGAUCAAACAAAACCCGUUCCUGGUUCACCAGCUGCCUUGCUUCUGGAACGUCCAGCUGUCUGACCACACCCGUUCCGAAAAGUGCUACAAAGAUGUGUCCGACCUAAAGGUGAUCCACUGGAACUCUCCAAAGAAGUUGCGAGUAAAGAACAAGCAUGUGGAAUUCUUUCGGAAUCUCUAUCUUACCUUUCUGGAGUACGAUGGCAACCUUCUGCGACGAGAGCUGUUCGGCUGUCCCAGUGAGGCUGACCACAACAGUGAGAAUCUCCAGAAGACACUGUCAGAGCUGGAUGAAGAUGAUCCGUGCUACGAGUUUCGUCGAGAGCGAUUCACUGUCCAUCGAACACACCUCUACUUCCUGCACUAUGAGUAUAAACCCAGCUCUGACAACACAGAUGUCACUCUCGUCGCCCAGCUCUCUAUGGACAGGCUCCAGAUGUUGGAGGCGAUCUGUAAGCACUGGGAAGGCCCCAUCAGCCUCGCCCUGUAUUUGUCAGAUGCUGAAGCCCAGCAGUUCCUCCGCUAUGCUCAGGGCUCUGAGGUGCUGAUGAGUCGGGGGAAUGUCGGUUACCACAUUGUCUACAAGGAGGGUCAGUUCUACCCAGUCAACUUGUUACGAAAUGUGGCCAUGCGACACGUCAACACACCCUACAUGUUCCUAUCAGACAUUGACUUCUUGCCUAUGUACAGCCUCUAUGAGUAUCUCAGGAAGUCUGUGGUGCAGCUGGACAUGGCCAACACCAAGAAAGCUCUAGUGGUUCCCGCCUUUGAGACACUUCGGUAUCGACUGUCAUACCCGAAAUCUAAAGCCGAGCUGCUGUCUCAGCUGGACAUGGGCACACUCUUCACCUUCAGAUAUCAUGUGUGGACUAAAGGCCAUGCACCAACUAACUUUGCCAAAUGGCGGACAGCCACCACUCCCUAUAGAGUGCAGUGGGAGGCUGACUUUGAGCCCUAUGUUAUGGUGAGGAGGGACAGUCCUGAGUAUGACCGCCGCUUUGUGGGCUUUGGCUGGAACAAGGUGGCUCACAUUAUGGAGCUGGAUGCACAGGAGUAUGAAUUUGUGGUUCUGCCCAAUGCUUUCAUGAUCCAUAUGCCUCAUGCACCCAGCUUUGACAUCACCAAGUUCCGCUCCAAUAAGCAGUACCGGGUCUGCCUGAAGACCCUGAAGGAGGAGUUCCAACAGAACAUGUCGCGGCGGUACGGUUUUGCCGCCCUUAAGUACAUGACGGCUGAAAACAACAGCUAGCCACCACUGCGGACCCUCGUAGCCCCAACUUUGAAAUACUGACAUGUUCCACAGGCUGCACGAGGGGAGCACAGUGUGAACGGAAGCCUGUGUGGGUCCUGGGGAUACUUUGAGACUUUAGUCCCUCAGAACAUUGGACACUGAGUGUGACACUGCAGGAGUUCUUUUGUUCCAACUUUGUCAUCAGUUGUGGAUAAAGGAGAGAAUCUGUGAAGUGUUUCCUUCUCCCAGGAUGUUAAAGCUAUGAAUGAUUGCACAAGGGACUGCUGGGGCUGGGCCCCAGGUGUGUGGGCCUCAAGCUUCAGUUAUGGAAUAUGAUAGACAGCAAACAAAAAUAUUGCCUUGCCAUAUUUCUAAGACCAAUGACAGUGUUAUGGCUAUGUGUAACAUUGUGUGUGUGUGUGUGUGUGUGUGUGUGUGUGUGUGUGUGUGUGUUCUGCCAGGACAGUGCUUAGCAGGGUGUAGAGCAUUGUGGACUUGAUAGGCUUUCCAAAACUAUGAAUUAACAGGAAGCUGCAGUAUGACUGACAGCACAGCCCCGACUCCAAUGCAACCGAUCUGCAGGCAGCAAGACAAAGAGGUCAACAUGUUGACAGAGAGUUAAAAAAGCUUAUUGUGAUGAGUGAGACACACUCAGAUACUGAGGGUAGCAGCCAUCUGACCAUCUGCUGCUGCUGAAUUUGUUUCAUGGCUGAUACAGAUCAGAAUAAAUCUUCCUGCUUGUAUGACAAAGAAGCUAAAAGUGUAAUAAUGGCUGGAGGCCAUCCGCUUGGUUAAUAUUCAGGGGAUCUCCACAUCAGCCCUGUAGUGUGUCUUCUGUUUUGGUACGACUACAGAAUGUGACAGCAGAUGGAAGCAUUGUGGCUUAGUUAGCUGCCUCCCAUAACAGAGUGCAGCAACAAGGCCCAACAGUCAGCAUUAUCUAUGAGCAGGUUAAAUGGCUGAUGGGAGGAUUGGAAAUCUGUAAAAAUCUACCAGUUCCAGUUAGGAGAGUCCCAGACACUUUCUUCCUUACACUCGUUCUUUCUCCCUCUGGCCUCUAGUUUGACAGCAGUUCAAUUCAGUUUUUUUUUUUUUUUUAUAUAUAUAUAGCACCAAAUCACAACAAUAGGUGCCUCAAGGUGCUUUAAUGUAAGGUAAAGACCCUACAAUGAUACUAUAGCAGCCAAAUGAGCCAAUAACACAGUGCCAGUGUGCGCUCUCUUGUUUGUGAGAUGUCACACCAUCAGUUGGUGUAUCGUCAUCUCGUUAUUGGUCUGGUAUGAAUGUUGUGCCACUAAUCUCAUGUUAUCUGGAGAGGCUGUGGACAGACUGGCAGCCAUAGAGUCCUGAUAACAAGUCACUGCUGGGCAUUAAUGUCCUGUAUGAUAUUAUAAAGAAAAACUAAAGUUAGAUACGGGUCUAAAGACAACAGGAACACAAAUCACUGCAGGAAUAAUUUUGUAAUCAAUACAGUGAAACUGAAAGUUUUGACAUGGAUAUUAUGGAAUACUUGAAAAAAAUAUUGAAAAAACAUGAUAAUAUGAUGAUACUGGUCUUGGUCAAAUAGUGCAAAAAAUAUCCUCCUAUGUCUUUUCCAACUCACAUGACUUCAGUGGAAAACAUCAUGAGGUCAGGUGAGGAAAGAAGUAGUGAAGCAGAACCCCGGUAUUUAACCCAGAUUUGCCCCAUGAGUCACAGUGUGAAACGGCUGUGUAAAGGUCAGAGCGCUCCUCCUGUGCACUGCUCACAUGGCUGUAGUCAAAUUAUUUCAUCUUGGCAAUACAGCAAUAUCUAAUAUAGUGUAUGAUCCUGGGGUGUCUGUAGCUCAGGAGCUAGAGCAGGUCAUCUACUGAUCACAAGGUUAAUGGUUCGAUCCCUGGCUCCAAGUUGCAGGGUCUCUCAAGCAUCCAUCAGUUUGUGAAUGUUAGAUAGGAAGCACUGAAAUGAAAGUGCUUCUGUGAAUGUGGGUGUUGUAUAAAGUGCUCCAGGAGAGUAGAAAAGUGUGAUAUAAGAAUCAGUCAAUUUACCUUUUUUUUGUUUGUUUGUUUGUUUUUUAAUUGAGUCUGCUUUACAAAGCGUUUCACACAGGGAUGAACUUCAUGCAAAGGUCAUUUUAAGAACAGUUCAUUUAUGGAUAUAACAAAUUGUUUAAAAAAUAUAUAUCUUUGACUAGGAUGUAGAUGAUGAUCUGGGUUGCUUGUCAGUCCACUUAUAGGACACCAUCACUGCUUUCCUGUCAUAGGAAAUAAAGGCAGCACUGAACCACGUUUCCUGAAUUCACCCUGAAUAUAAUUAUGACUCACAUUCUUCUGUGCAGCUUCACCCAGCUAGGAAAAGAAAAUCUGAUUAUCUGAGCACAGCUGCUGCACUUGUGUUUCCUGGUACCCGCUGUACUUCAGUCAUGAGCGUGGUGGUAAAGCAACCUGUUACCUAAGCAACCAAAAUUGAAUAAAACUAACACAUGCAUUUUAAUCCACGUCAGUCCUUCUUCCUGCAGGUUAAGGGUGUAAAAAUUGUUAACUGAAGGUGCAGUCAGCUGCAGUUAUGGAUCCACUCUUCCACUUUGAGCAGCUGGCGGCACAUCAGCCUCUGUCAGGUCCCAGCCAGGAUCAGAGUGAACGCGUCAUUAGGCAGCAACUUGUCACUUAGUCCUAGUCUCCAAAAAACUCCCUGGACUCUAGCAGAGACACACAAACUUGAUACUGAUGUAAAACUAGAGGCCUCUCUCUCACACACACACAUCACAGUGAUCUCUCACCCUGUACAGGAAGCUGCACAAGGUCUUGGUGCAGGUUAGUGUGUAUGAGUGUGAAGAAGCUAUCUAAGUGACUGUUGUAUGAUAUUCGGUCUUCAGCUGUGUGAAGUGUAAUCUGUUAGCCUUGCAGGGCUGAGCGGGGCUGCAGUGUGUAAGUAGGACAGUGCUGAUUGAUGCUGCUACCUGAAUAAAAGCAAAGAGUCAAAGCGU